CGCACGAGUUGCAUCAGCCACCGAGUCAGUCAGUUACGUUAUUAUUUAUAAGUGUGCCAACUAGUUUUAAACCAGCCUCCGCAUUCCUCCUUCUACCCUUAAGUCUUAAACAUUGCCGUGGACAUUUCAACAUCCAGCAGUAGAUGCCUGCUAUGCCAAACCACCACCUCAAAAAAGUGAAGUCUUGCGUUUAUCAGAAUGUCACUAAAACGUAGUAAAUUUAAUCGCGACAGAGUGAACAGUCUCCUUGAAGUAGGGAGACGUGUUGUGUUGUGCCACAUAUUUGCCUGCGGGACACCCACUAAAUCUGAAGCAACACCUCUAGAUCAGUACUUGGCACACCUACCACCAAACUCUACAGCAAACUACCCACGGGUCUCCAGUAAAGAGAAGAAAUUCAAUCCCACGGAGCUGGAAAAAAUUCACAAUGACACUGCCUGCACCACUUUCGAUACUUCCCUCUUCUGGAAGGUCAUCAAAUUGGCAUGUGAAGGCGUGGCAGACUACAAUGACACCAAUGCUUGGAAGAAUCCCAGCACCAAGAUGGAAUAUUACGUCACCGCCAUUAAAGAUGAGCGUAACAAUUCUGUGCAUGGGCCUCGAGAGAUCACCACUAACGAAUUCCUGGACACUUCCGUCAGACUCAGGAAACUGUUCCAUGAUGCCCUCGGCGCUGCAAAGCUUAGAUACGGAAGACCUGAUGCAGAGCUUACCUCCAAGAUCCAGGAGGUAAACAAAGAGUUCGAUGAAGUCAUGCUUGAAGUUCUUGGAGAAAAAGACCUUUUGGCCUACUAUGGUCCCCAGCUAAAACAAGAUCUUAUCAGGGUGACCAAUGAGGCUCUGAAGGAACACUUCUUGAAUUCCCUCAAUAUUGAUCCUAUGUCUUUCUUAAGCAACACCAAGCUACACCUUCAUGUACAGAAAGUGUUCACUGAGAUAAAAGUGACUCGGGGACGUGCCAGAGGUGAGGGAAAAGAUCUGAGGUACGAAAAACUGGUGGAAACCGCACGGUUGGGGCCGAGACCAACACAGCCUCAGGUGCUGCUCGUAGAAGGUAUAGCAGGAAGCGGUAAGACUACACUUAUUACACUGGUGACUGGCGAGUGGUUGAAAGACGCUAAGGAUCGCACCAUCGCUGGUCUUGGUUACUACGACGUGUUGCUACGUGUCCAGUGUCGGGAGAGAAAAAUUACUUCUCUAAACUGCCUUCUUGAGAACGAUGUCCGCGACGCUUUCCUGAAAUUCCGUCGUCUCGUUCUGCCUCUUAUCAAGAACUGCAAAAUCCUAAUGCUUAUAGAUGGGCUCGAUGAAGUUAAUGAAGAUUCAGAGAAACUCGUCGAUGACAUCCUCACUCAGAUGAAAACUGUUAACGGAUGCACUGUUCUUUUUACUUCCAGACCUGAAGGCAUUACGAAGUUCAUUGGUAGAAUCCCUCAGGAGUACCAAGUAUCAUACAUAUAUCUUAUUGGUAUUCCUAAAUCGUGCCGUACUCUCUUUGUUCGUCGAUACCAUGAGGAAAUCAAGUACCAGAUCGGUGACACUCAGGACACAGAGAAGCUCGUGGAAAAGGUCCAUCAAGUGCUGGAGAAAGAACAUUUCAGGCUUCCCUUGAAUAUGGUAUUUCUUACCUGGGUUUACAUCCACGACCCUUCUGCCAUCACCUCCAGCACGACCCAGACACAGCUAUACUAUAGCACCUACCAGCUCUGUCAACAGAAACUCCUAGACAGACUUGCCCGCCACAGUGCUACACGCAGCUCUGAUCGACGAAUACUAGAAACCUGUUUAAAAGAACCGUUGAAAACACUCCAGCACGAGUCCAUUUGGGCGUUGUGGCACUCCCAGCUAAUCUUUGAGGCUGAGGCCGAGAAAAGGAUUACGGUUUCGUGCACAAACCAGGGGAUACCACAUGAAGAGUUACUUUCAGCCUUUCUCACUCUGAAAGCCAAAAGGACACACCUAGGAAUAAUUGUCGAGCAGUAUUCAGCACCUCACAAGGGACUACAAGAUUUCUACGCUGCCAUGCACAUUGUCACCCACCACAAGCUUACAUCAUCCUCAGCCACCGUCAGGGGCGUGCUAGAGGAAGUCUUCGGAACUUUAGAUAAAAAACUGAACCUGCUAACAAAUGUGCUAUACCAUGUUGUAGGACUACUCCACCUUUUGUCCGACAUAGUGUUACAAAAAAUAAUAGAGGAGGUAGUGGAUAUGCUGUACGAGUGUGGAAUGAAGACGAGGGAACAGUGGUUAGAUCUUGUGGAAGACUGUAGAAAUAAUAUUGACUUAAUACGUCUAGUGGCUCCUUACUUUGCCACUUGCAGAUCUGAAAUUGAUCCGGAUGAGACGAAAAAAGAAAUAGAGAAAGAGGAGGAAGAAGAGCAAGAAGAGGAGGAGGAAACGGAAGAAGAACAAGAAGAUUUGGAGGAAGAGGAGGAGGAGGAGGAGGAUGAGGAUGAGGAUGAGGAUGAGGAGGAGGAGGAGGAGGAGGAGGAGGAGGAGGAGGAGGAGCAAAAUAUUGAAAAGAGCGAGGAGGAAAGGAAAGCGAAACAAAGGAAGGACGAGAGAGAGAUGGGGAAGGGGAGUGAAGAAAAAGAAGUCGAAAAGGGGAAAACAGCAAAUAUUGAAAAGGAAGAGAGAAAAGAUAAAAUAACUGAGGAUAAAGAUGGCGACUCGGAUGACAUUAUCCUUACCUUUCGAAAAGAAAUCAGUCCAGUGAGAAUAGAAGACACUAAUAUUAAGAUCUUGAUACUUCUGCUUCCUCAUCUGCCGCCCUGUGAAGUACAUAUAGACUACGACAAUGAUCCAGGAACCAGCACGGACGAAUUGAUACCUGUCAUGAGCCGCCACGUCUGUACCUCUUUGUCACUUCAGCAUCACUUCAGAAACCUGGAUCCAACUACCACUUCCGAUCUGUUCCUGCAGCAGAUACUACCUAGGAGCAGACUGGAGGAGUUCAUUGGUAAUCUAACAGAAAAAGGAAUAACUCUACUUCCUUCCAGUCUAGAGAACGUCCACUUGGCUGUCACUGACGAUGACCACGCAGCUCGCGCCCUGAAGGCUCUACGUUCUCGUUACCGUCAGCUACCCUCCUUACGUGAACUAAAUAUCCAUAUGCCAGUGGCCAAAGUGAUGCCCUCGUCUCUCGCCCCUGUGUUGCCCACUAGAAAAAAAAAGAAAGUCCAAAUAAAUUUAUUACUGUCCGGCGUCAACGACCAACUGAUUGAAGAAGCGUGGCUUGUAGCUAAGGCCCUGCAGUGCCCGGAUGGGAACAUGGCGAGAGGGACGUCACAUGGAGUACACCCGUACAGCUAGUGGCCCCAACACUGCCUCCAAGAAGGGAAAGAUACAGAAGAAUCUCCUGAAGCACUGGGUUAACGCUGGUGCAGUUCCUUGGCAAGCCAGAAUGAUAUAGAUUAUAGACAUUCACUUCUUGUACAGACAAUAUGGAUAACCAUUUUUACCAUUGCAAUCAUUUAAUUUCUUGUUAUAUAAUAAAUUUGAUAUAAAAUACUGGCACAGUUCAAGCAUUUUGUUGUCGAUUAAAGUUUCAAACUGGCAAACAAUAUCUAUUAAAGUCUGAACUGACAAACUGACACAGCAAAUUAAUUUGUGAAAAGGCCACAUAGUAUUACAACGGACCACAUGACAACUAUAAAUAUACGAAAUGAAAACUGCAUUUCGUAUAUUUGCAUACGAAAUGAAAACGUUUACAACUCAUGACAUGACAGGUUUGUCUGGAACAAACCUGUCACUAAUUCUCUGAGGAGUGUUGAAGGGUACUGAUUUCCACACUUGGGCGCUCACUGCGGCUGCUUCUACCGUCAAGGGCAGAUAAGCAACGUAGACAGCCCUGAAAUGUUACCAAAACUCUGGCUGCUAGUAGCCAUUCCGCUGGAGCUCUGUUGGGCCUCCUGAGACAGCUGCUGCUGAAACUGCAGUUGUAGGGGCUGCUGGAGAUACUGGUGGACAUGAUCGGCCGUCUGUCACCCCCAGACCGAUGCAACAGGAGGCUGACGCAUCCACAUGUGUGGAGGGGGCUGACAGAGCUCCGAUAGUGUUUUUUAACACUAUCGGAAGUUGUGUUUGGAGUUAAAGAAUGCUGCACAGCACCAGGACCAGGCACAACAAUCGCGGGGACUUUACGCACUUCCUCGUCACUGUCUUCAUUCAUCAUUUGGAUCAAUAUGAUGUUGAUCGUGUGCGGGCUUUCUUGAACUUCUGCUUUGACAUAGUCAUAAAGCUGUCCCUGACAUAACUGGCGAAUUCUGCAGUUUACAUUAUGGGUUCCCUGGGGCUUGCAAGAGUCUUCAGGAUCUUCCCCGACUCAUCUACUCUCUUCUGAAGGGACAGAAGAAUGUCGUCCUCCUUCUGGCCACACUUGCUGUUUCGCUGGGA